AUGUCCAACAUCGACUUUGAAACAGCCGUUAAACAGGAAGAAGCAUAUCUUCGUAGGGUUCAUCCCACCCCGGAAGACAUUCCAGCAUGUAUGAAGCUCUUCGAUGACUUCCUCUCUUGUAAUAUUCUUGGAGUGCAAUUCAAGUCGCUUUACCGGUACGGCCACAUGUCUGUUUGCGGCCACAAACUCGACGAGUUCAAGUUCUGCAUGAGUAUUAAGGGGCUCCACCCAGAAGAGAAACGCGAUGCGUGGAUCCGUCGUCGUGCUGAGUGGUGGGCCCGCCGUCGAUUGGAAAAGAGCAGCGAGGAUAUAUGGGAUUUCAGGACGGAACCCCUCAAAGACUACCCCCCGGCAAGAACAGACAACAGCCGACCUUCUGCGACGAUCGGAUGA